AUGCUGUCGGCUUUGAUGGCUCCGUUCAAAUACAUGAGCCCAGGGACCAGCAGCAGCAGCACCAGCGAGGAGGACGAGGACUGUCUCAGCACCAGCAGCGCAGAGGUGAAAGAAAACCGCAACAUCGACAACUUGGAGGAGCGCUCUCUCGGCUCUACGGACUCGCUCUUCUGCUCCGAGUUGUCGCGGAGCAGCUCCAGUCGUUCCGGUCUGAAACGCAAGCGCCCCCUGGAGGAGGACAACAACGGACGCAUCUGCCAACUGAGGCUAAUCUACAAGAAACUCUCCUGGUCCGACGCGCCUAAGAACGCUUUGGUCCAGCUCAACGAACUCAAACCAGGCCUGCAGUAUCGGAUGGUGUCUCAAACCGGGCCUGUCCACGCACCGGUCUUCUCCAUCGCUGUGGAGGUCAACGGCUUGACCUUCGAAGGGGCGGGUCCCACCAAGAAAAAAGCCAAAAUGCGCGCGGCAGAGUUAGCUUUGAAGUCUUUUGUCCAGUUUCCGAACGCGCCCCAAGCUCACCUAGCCAUGGGUAACAUCACCAACCCAUCCGCGGACUUCACCUCGGACCAGGCGGACUUUUCGGACACGCUUUUUAAAGAGUUCAAAUCCAGCUCCGGCGACGAUUUGCUUUCAAACGAGCUCCUAAGACACGAGAGCCUCCUCAGACACACCUUAGACCUGAUGGUGCAGGCGCAGCAGAGACUGGGAGGCAUCGUCCCGCCGCCAGAUGCGCCAAAAAGUCCCGUGGCGAUACUCAACGACCUACGACCGGGACUACGGUACGCCUGCUUAUCGGAGCGGUCGGAGGGGAGGCGCUUGCGGAGCUUCGUGAUGGCGGUGAGAGUCGACGGACGGAUAUUCGAAGGUUGCGGCCGCAGUAAGAAGAUGGCCAAGAUCCAAGCGGCCCAGUGCGCUCUCCAGACGCUCUUUAACAUCAUGGCGCCCCCCGAUGGUCGGACGGGACUCAGGGGCAGCAGGAAGACUUGUCCCCAUUUACCGCAGGUACGUAGACACUCGUGGCUGUAG